GGAGGGCUCAUGGAGAAGACAAAUUUCUGGUUCCCGCAUCCAAUGCUCCCAGAGACCGCCCUACUAGUCACGUUGUUGUGGAUAUCCGUGGAGUGAGGUCUCCGGGCCAGGGCAAUGUUCCGCACCGCAGUGAUGAUGGUGGCCAGCCUGGCGCUGACUGGGGCUGUGGUGGCUCAUGCCUACUACCUCAAACACCAGUUCUACCCCACUGUGGUGUACUUGACCAAGUCCAGCCCCAGCAUGGCAGUCCUGUACAUCCAGGCCUUCGUCCUUGUCUUCCUCUUGGGCAAGGUGAUGGGCAAAGUGUUCUUUGGGCAGCUGAGGGCAGCAGAGAUGGAGCACCUUCUGGAGCGGUCCUGGUAUGCUGUCACUGAGACUUGUCUGGCUUUCACUGUUUUUCGAGAUGACUUCAGUCCUCGCUUUGUGGCUCUAUUCACGCUCCUUCUCUUCCUCAAAUGUUUCCACUGGCUGGCUGAAGACCGUGUGGACUUUAUGGAGCGCAGCCCCAAUAUCUCCUGGCUCUUUCACUGCCGUAUUGUCUCCCUUAUGUUCCUCCUGGGCAUCCUGGACUUCCUCUUCGUCAGCCAUGCCUAUCACAGCAUCCUGACUCGUGGGGCCUCUGUGCAGCUGGUGUUUGGCUUUGAGUACGCCAUUCUGAUGACCAUGGUGCUCACCAUCUUCAUCAAGUAUGUGCUGCACUCUGUGGACCUCCAGAGUGAGAACCCCUGGGACAAUAAGGCCGUGUACAUGCUGUAUACGGAGCUGUUCACAGGCUUCAUCAAGGUCCUGCUGUACAUGGCCUUCAUGACCAUCAUGAUCAAGGUGCACACCUUCCCGCUCUUCGCUAUCCGACCUAUGUACCUGGCCAUGAGGCAGUUCAAGAAAGCUGUGACUGAUGCCAUCAUGUCUCGCCGAGCCAUCCGCAACAUGAACACCCUGUAUCCAGAUGCUACCCCUGAGGAGCUGCAGGCAGUGGAUAAUGUCUGCAUCAUCUGCCGAGAAGAAAUGGUGACUGGUGCCAAGAGACUACCCUGCAACCACAUCUUUCAUACCAGCUGCCUGCGCUCCUGGUUCCAGCGGCAACAGACCUGCCCUACCUGCCGUAUGGAUGUCCUGCGGGCAUCGCUGCCAGCCCAGUCUCCACCACCUCCUGAGCCUGCAGACCAGGGGCCACCCCCUGCUCCUCAUCCCCCACCACUCCUGCCCCAGCCCCCCAAUUUCCCCCAGGGCCUCCUGCCUCCUUUUCCUCCAGGCAUGUUCCCACUGUGGCCCCCCAUGGGCCCCUUCCCACCUGUUCCACCUCCCCCAAGUUCAGGAGAGGCUGUGGCCCCUCCCUCCACCAGUGCAGCAGCCCUUUCUCGGCCCAGUGGAGCAGCCACAACAGCAGCUGCUGGCGCCAGCACCUCUGCCCCAGCACCAGGCUCUGUCCCUGCCCCAGAGGCUGGUCCCACCCCUGGCUUCCCCUUCCCUCCUCCGUGGAUGGGUAUGCCCCUGCCUCCACCCUUUGCCUUUCCCCCAAUGCCUGUACCCCCUGCGGGCUUUGCCGGUCUGACCCCAGAGGAGCUGAGGGCACUGGAGGGCCAUGAGCGGCAGCACCUGGAGGCCCGGCUGCAGAGCCUGCGCAACAUCCACACACUCCUGGAUGCCGCCAUGCUGCAGAUCAACCAGUACCUCACUGUGCUGGCCUCCUUGGGGCCCCCCAGGCCAGCCACUUCAGUCAACCCCACUGAAGAGACUGCCUCUACUGUGGUUGCUGCUGCCCCCUCCACCAGUGUCACUAGCUCCGAAGCCACCACGCCAUCCUCAGGAGCCUCCCCAGCAGCCCAGGAAACUGAAAAGCCUCCAGCUCCUGAGUCAAUGGGGUCCACCGAGGAGUUAUCUGAGGAUGGAGAGCCUGAUGCUGCAGAGCUCCGCCGGCGACGCCUGCAAAAGCUGGAGUCCCCUGUUGCUCACUGACACUGCCCAGACCUGUCCCUGCUCUCUUGAGCAGCCCUCGCUGGAACAUGUUCUGCCACCAAGUGCCAGCUCCCUCAGUCUGCAUCAGGGAGUAACCCAGGCUCUGUGAAAGAAGUGGUGGCAUCCCUGAGGCUGAGUGGAAAGCAGCUGGGUUCCUCAGCAACCCAAGCAGCCAUGGGGAUGUCGUUCAGUUCUAGCCUUCCUCUUCUGACCUGUGUUUUGCUGAGGCCUUGAAGGCAGAGGUUGAGCCUGAGAAGCCUUCCCCAUGGUUUUGGGAAAAAGAGUAGCCCCUCUGAGCCCUACUUGUGAGUACGGGACCAUGCUGCAGUGCCGAACAGUAUUAGCUUCCGUUUCCAAGUGUGGACCCCAGAAGGGCUGGAGGCAGACCAGGACCUUGCCCCUGGCCCUCCUGCCAAGACUGGUACCAAUUUUCUUUUCUUACUCUGAUCUCCCCAGAAGCCCUUUUGUGAUGGUGGCUGUGCCCCCUAAGCCCUGUGGCAUUUCCACGUCUUACUGGCAACCAAGAAACUCAGGGAAAGGAGUGCCUGGGGAUGAGGGGCAGGCGGGCAGCACUGAGGGACCCUGCCCCACCCCUCCCCAGGCCCUUUCCCCUGCAGCUUCUUAGCUGUGACUAUCUGUCGCCCAGCAGCUGCUGCCCACUGGAAGGGUUAGUGUGCUGCUCCUUAACCACUGUUCCCCAAAUCCAAGGUAGGCCACUCUCAACCUGCAAGACUUUCAGGAUUGGAAUUACUUCCUUACCUAGUGGCUUUUGGCUUAAAUUUUCUUUUGAAUUUGAAGGCUUGACCCCGAGGAGGAGCAGGAGUGUGGCUAGGCUCCUGGUCUGGUUUAGAACAGGCUUUGGGCCAGGCAGGAACCACAGGAGCUGAGGCCUAGUCACUUUUCUUCUCAGUUUUGUGUUACAAGAGUUGCUGGAGACAGUUUCAGAUGAUUAUUUAACUUGUAAAUAUUGUAAAAAUUUUAAUAGCUUAAAUUGUAUAUACGGCCAAAUAAAAACUUGCAUUAACAACUG